AUGCUCAGACGUAUUUCAGUUAUUGACACGCGCAGACGCCUCGACUCGGCUGUGUUUGCGAACGGGUAGUUAGCGUUUUAUGUGCCCAAUUUUAAAACUAUUAAAUAUUAUAAUAAUAAAGCCUUCGAGAUAAGUGAUCUUUUAAUAUUCGUUCUCAAUGGGCGCUGAAAUUGAAAAUACAGGCCCCUGUCUUGGCAUACGUCAUUUGCAGGCUUUGCUGCUCUUCUUGGGCAUCAUGGUGAACUAUAUAGCACGACUCAAUGUCAGCGUCUCUGUUGUGGCGAUGACAAAUGCCGAGACCUCCAAUCCCGAUUUUCCGGAAUACGAUUGGACGGAGGCACAGAAAUCGUACAUACUCUCUAGCUUCUAUUGGGGCUACCUCGUUACACAAUUUCCAUCCGGAUUUCUGGUGCGUCGCUAUGGCGCUAAGCUGGUGCUGUUCAUACCCACCUUAGCGACGGCCGUGCUGAGCUGUCUAACCCCGUACUGCAUUAGCUGGGGCGGCUGGGUGGCGUUCAGUGUGCUACGCCUUACAAUUGGACUCUUUCAGGGUCCAAUCUUUCCCUGCAUUCACGAACAUCUGGCCAAAUGGUCGCCGCCCAAGGAUCGCAAUCGUCUGGGUGCCUUUGCCUACUCUGGCGCCGAUUGUGGCUCCGUUAUGGCCAUGGGUAUUAGUGGCCUGAUAGCCGAUAGCUCUAUGGGCUGGCCGGGCAUAUCGUACGUUUCGGGGGGACUUUGUGGCAUUUGGAGCAUCCUUUGGCUAUUGCUAGCUGCGGAUAAUGCGCCCAGCUCGCGUCUGAUUGGCGGGGAUGAGCGUGAUUACAUAGAGCGCUCGAUGCGACGCAACGAUGGCUUCCAUGACCAAAAGAUUGCGAUACCAUGGCGUGCGAUUUGGACCUCGGCGCCGUUUUAUGCCUUGCUCGUUGUGCGCAGCGCCCAGGGCUGGGCGAACUCAACGAUGCAGCUGCAAACGCCGGCAUACAUGCACGGAGUCCUCGGAAUGGACAUCAAGAGCAAUUCCUUAUAUUCGGCUCUGCCUUUUCUGGCCAUGUGGUGUAUGUCGUACGUGUAUUUGGUAAUAGCCGAUGUGAUUAUGUCCAGGCAGUGGCUGUCGCUGACCACGCUACGCAAGUCCAUCAAUACGAUAUCGUACUGGGGUCCGGCAGCGGCGCUGAUUGGCAUCGGCUUCCUCGACAAGAGCCAAACGGGCUUGGCCAUUGCUCUGAUGACAAUUAAUGCCGGCCUUAAUGCGGGCUCCGGCAUUGGCAGCAUUUUAACCAUUAUCGACAUGUCGCCCAAUCAUUCCGGCGUACUAAUGGCCAUCGUCAACAGCAUCGGCAACAUCUUUCCGCUGCUGACGCCGCUGCUGGUGGCCGUCAUUGUUACCGAGCCGAGCUCGCGCAGUCAAUGGCAAAUUGUGUUCGCAUUAACGGCCAUUGUGUUCUUCAUUGGCAACCUGGUGUACAUAAUUUUGGGUACGACCGACCAGCAGCCGUGGGAUGCGGUCGACUAUCUCAAGCCGCGCGAUGCCGAGCAGCAGCCGGAUCAGCAUCAACUCGAAGCGAGGAAGGCUAAAGUGAAAAGCGAAAAGGAAAUCUAGGCAAAUAGAUGUAAGGCCAGAUUAGCUGUGAACUGUAAAAUAAGUAGAAAUUAAGCAACAAAUUGAAUUAAUAUGCUGCGUGCCACGCGGCGUAUACGCAAUACAAAUAAACAAAUAUUACGUAUACGCAGUGCAUGGACGUUCAACUAGCAUUAUUCAGUCCUGGCUGGGCUGGAAUGAAAUGUGGUUAAGCAUUGAUUGUACUGAGCUCUGAGCCGGACAACUGCGUUGAUUUUUAAUU